GGGAGGUGUCCCUGCCCAUGCAGGGGGUUGGAUCUGGAUGAUCUUGAAGGUCUCUUCCAACCCAAACCAUUCUAUGAUUCUAAGUAAGGGAACCUCCUUGAAGCGUUUCUUUUAUUUUCACUAUCUUGUGUUUUGUUUCUUAAGCUUGGUUUUGUGCUUUUGGGGGGAUGUGACAGCCCUGGUGCCUCAGCCCUCCUCAUCUUUUGUACAGGUUUUGAUCCGGAACAGCAAGGACGUUGGUUUCUGCAGGGUGCUCAGCGGUCGCUGGGUGGUCACGGCUGCGCACUGCCUCGCUCUCCUCAGCCCCCACCACGUCACUGUGGGAGACUUUGACAAGUAUCAGAGGGAAUUCAAGGAACAAGUGGUUGGUGUGGAGGAGCUGAGCUGGACACACCCACAUUAUGAUUCAGACAAUUACGAUGGUGACAUGGCCUUGUUGUACCCGAGCAGCCCUGCCCUGGCCACCCUGCUCUCCGAGGGCCGCACGGGGGUGAGUGGCUGGGGCUCCACGCACGAGCAAAGGUCCCUCCUGCGCUUCCUGACGAGCCUGUGGCUGCCCCUGCUGAGCCUGGAGAGCUGCCAGGGCUCCACCACGAGCCUCCUCACUGACAAGUUCUGCACCGGCUAUGGCGCCGCAGCCGCUUGCAAAGGGGACAGCGGUGGCCCCUUCACCACAUCCUACAACACGUGGUUCCUCUUGGGGAUUGUAAACUGGGGCGAGGGCUGUGCUGAACAAGGAAAAUACGGUGUCUAUACAAGAGUAUCCAAUUACAUCCUGUGGAGCAAAGAGAUUGUGGAAAGCAUGGCAGAUUUGGAAAACUUUACCAUUAACUUUUCUUAAAGCUGGUAUUAAUACCCGGGACAAUUCUAUUAUGACAGUUUUACUCGAUGACACUUUGCAGUUCCUGUCCUUAGCAAUGUAAAAUUAAAACUUUCCAAGAAAUUUUGAGUCACAUAGAAUCACAGAAUGUUAGGUGGUGGAAGGGAAUCUCUGAAGAUCAACAAGUCCAGCUCCCCUGUUUUGUCUGUUUACCAUAACCUGUUAAACUGCUCAUUCAUUAUUACUGAGUAGAACACUUGUGUACAAUAAAGAACCAUUUUGCAGAUGACAAAGGAGACAACUACAGCCUCUCUUAAUGUAAAUUCUAGCAGAAAGGGAGAAAAACAGUUUUCUGUGUCCCAAGCCCACACACACCCCUUACAGCAGCAAAUGUCUCUCUAUGUGACUGAGUUGCUCAGGGAAGGAGGUGCAGUUCUGGCAGUGACAUCUGUGCUGAACACCACAGCUGGGGCCAUGAAGUUUUGUCACCAACUACAACUGUUACCUCAAGUGCAACUGGGUUUACUAAUUACAAGUGUUUUCCAAUACAAAACCAGUGUCCAUAUGUUUGUUACAAACUGCACCUGAGGAGGGAACCCACCCAACUGUGGCUGGAGAAACAAUAGGUUUGUGUGACAGAACUCUGAAAGACAUUGAUUCCUGGGGGCUGUGGGAGAAGGAAGGCUGCACAGCAGGGGCAGCCCUGCUGGUGGGGAGGGAAGGUGUGAAGAUGGGCUGUGUGCUCCUACCCCAGUGAAACUACAACACAGAGCGCUGAUGUACCAGCAGGAAGAAAACCCUUUUCUUUAUUGUGGACACCCCCCCACCCCUCACAGACAGAAUUUACCUCUCCCAGUAUUUGAUGAAAACCAGUAAUUCAGACACUCAUGAACAUGUGGUUGGGAGAAAGACAACAAUCACCAAACAGCAAGAAAGAGCUUUUCCAUCAUCCUCAAAGCACAGGAAGAUGGACCAUGCACACCCAGCCAACUCCCUGAGAGGGGGAAGUCCCCAUGUCAUGAGAAUGCAGGUGCAACACGGUACCUGUGGGGCAGAGUAACAGCCACAGCCCAUCAUCCCCUUGGAGCAUCUCCACUCCUGCGCUCAUACAAUGAUCUUUCUCUGCUGCUUUUUUCUGCUGCAAUUAACAGGUCUUUGCAACCCAUGUCAAAAGAGCUUUUGAUUUUGUGACCUUUCAAUUCACUGUUAAGCUUUAAUUAAAAAAACAAAACAAAACAAACAUCAA